AUGGACUGCUCCUCCCAACUGAUGUCAAGUAAAUCAACAUUUGAUCACUCCACAGGACAGUUUCGUCUCAGAAUAACCAAUGGAGAACUUGUUACCUAUCCUGUAAACCAUACCCAUGGAGCUACGGAAUUUUAUUGGAAAAUUACUGGACUUGACGACGAGUCAGAAUUAUUUCUUAGUACUGUUGGUGUUUUAAUGUUACGCAAUGGUAACAAAACUCUGAAAAUAUUAGCCAACAGCUCUUAUUCCGACGAUAACAAAACUGUAAUUUACCGUGCAACACUUGAUACUGAUGGGAUCUUAAGGCUAUACUCACAUCACUUUGACACUAGUGGAAAAUCUAAUGUGAAGGUGGAGUGGUUUGCGUUAAAGAAUAAAUGUGAGGUGAAAGGCUCCUGCGGUUUUAAUAGCUACUGUUAUAGCAACAGUAGUGAAGCAGACUGUAAAUGUUUCCCCGGGUUUGACUUCAUCAACCCGCGGAAGAGAUUCCUGGGCUGCUACAGAAAUUUCACCGACGAAGAAGGCUGUAGAAGGAAGGAGCCGGAACUUUUUUACAAUAUUGCUGAUAUGGAGAAUACAAAGUUGGGAGGUUUGCCUGAUGCCAAGUUAUCUAUGAACAAGGAAGAUUGCAACAAGUCUUGCUUGUACGAUUGUCACUGUGGAGCUGCAUUAUAUGGGGUAAAGAAUCAGUCUGAUUCAGCUACUGUCUUUGUCAAGUGGAGUUCAGGCAACACUGGCCCCAACAUCCCACAUGAUCAAAUUAUCUCACCGGACGCUCUUCAAGAUGGAGUUGAGACUGAAAGCAAAAAAAAACUUAUUUCAAUUCUUGCUGCAAGUUUGAGUUCCAUCACAUUCUUGUGUUUCAUCAUAGCGAUUUCCAGUUUCUUUAUGUACAAGCUCCGAGUUAAGAGAUAUAGAAAGCUUCAAGGAAAUUCGAAUUUAGAUUCAACCCAAGAGUUCUCAUUACAAUCGUUUUCUUAUAAUGAACUAGAUAAGGCCACAGAUGGGUUUAAGGACGAGUUGAUGAGAGACUGGUUUGGAGCAGUCUACAGAGGGUAUAUGUUUAAUGGAAAGAAGAAGAUUUCAGUAAAGCGGUUGGAAAAUCCUAUGGAAGAAGGAGAAAAGAAGUUUCGAGAAGAGAUGGCUAUAGUUCGCCAAACGCAUCACAGAAACUUGGUUCGUUUGCUUGGAUUUUGUCUGGAUGGCUCCAGGAAGGCUCUUGUUUACGAAGAUAUGGGGAAGGGUUCUGUUGCAGAUUUCAUAUUUAAUGAAGACAAACGCCCUUACUGGACAGAAAGAGUGAAAAUUGCUUUAGAUGUGGCGAGAGGAAUCCAUUAUCUCCAUGAAGAGUGUGAGCUCCCAAUAAUUCACCGUGACAUUAAUUCCAAAACUAUUCUCGUGGAUGACUCUUGGACUGCUAAGAUCUCUAAUUUCAGCUUAGCUAGACGUUUAAUACCGAAUCAAGGGGAAAUGCUUGCUGGGUUCAAAGGCACCCGAGGCUACACAGCACCUGAAUGGCAAUCGAAUGGGCCAAUAACAGUAAAAUCAGAUGUUUAUAGUUUUGGAGUCGUGCUGUUGGAGAUUAUAUGUUGUAGAAGCAAUAUUAAAGUGAAUGUUUCUACACCAGAUGAAGUUCUUCUUUCUACUUGGGUCAAUAACUGCUUUGUUUCCAGAGAGUUAAAGAAGCUGGUAGCGGAGGAAGAAGUUGACAUGAAAAUGCUGGAAAGGAUGGUGAAGGUUGGAUUGUCGUGUACUAAAGAUGACCUAAAUCUGCGUCCUUCUAUGAAAAAUGUGAUAUUGAUGUUAGAAGGAACUAUGGACAUUCCUGUCCAUCCAUGUCCAACUCUUCUUAUUUGA